AUGGAAAAUCAAAGUCAUGUGACUGAGUUCAUUCUUCUGGGACUUUCACAGAAUCCAAAUAUUCAGAAAAUUGCGUUUGUUAUUUUCUUAGUUUUCUACAUUGCAACUGUUGGGGGGAAUUUGUUUAUUGUUGUGACCAUCAUCUGCACCCCUUCUCUUUUGGGUUCCCCUAUGUACUUCUUCUUAGCCUUUCUGUCUUUCCUAGAUGCCUGCUUCUCCUCUGUCAUUGCCCCCAAAGCUAUCAUAGACUCUCUCUAUGAAAGGAAAAUCAUAUCCUUCCAAGACUGCAUAGGUCAGAUUUUUGCAGAACAUUUCUUGGCCGGUGUGGAGGUGAUUGUCCUCACAUCCAUGGCCUUUGACAGGUAUGUGGCUAUCUGCAAGCCUUUGCACUACAUGACCAUCAUGAAUCGGCACCUGUGUUUGUUGCUGGUUGGAGUAGCCUGGUCUGGAGGCUUCUUGCAUUCCAUGAUUCAGAUUUUCUUUAUGCUUCCACUACCCUUUUGUGGCCCCAAUGUAAUUGAUCACUUUAUGUGUGACUUGUACCCUUUGCUAGAACUUGCCUGUACUGACACCCACGUGCUUGGUCUGAUGGUUGUGGCCAACAGUGGCUUUAUCUGUAUCAUCAACUUCUCAUUGUUGCUUGUCUCUUACGGAGUUAUCCUGCACUCUCUAAGGACACACAGCACAGCAGCACGUCGCAAAGCCCUUUCUACUUGUGGCUCCCACAUCACAGUUGUAGUCUUAUUUUUUGUACCAUGUAUAUUUGUAUAUACACGACCUCCUACUACGUUCUCUUUUGACAAAAUGGUGGCAAUAUUUUAUAGUUUUCUAACUCCUUUAUUAAAUCCAUUGAUCUAUACAUUCAGGAAUACAGAAAUGAAAAAUGCCAUGAAGAAACUAUUUUCCUCAAAGAUUCAAAACAUACAUGUAUAA